AUGCAUUGCGAAGUGGCCGAGGCACUCUCGGACAAGAGGCCCAAGGAGGCCCCCGGUGCGCCCGGCCGCGGGCCCGCCGGCCUCGGCGCGCACAUGGCCUUCAGGGUCCCCGCGAGCGGCGGCAGCGGCUGCGGGGAUGGGGGCCCGCGGGACCUGAUGCCCCGGCCGCCUGCGCCACCGCCGCGUGCCCACGACCUCCUCCGGGCGCGGAGCCCCCGAGACUACGGCCCGUCCAAGGCCGCCGCCGCCGGGAAGGUGAAUGGGAGCUUCAGCCACUGUGCCUCAGCCUCAGAGAAGAGCCUGCUGGACCUGGACCUUGCUGAGGGCCCUGGCCCCACCUGCCGCCAGGGCCUCUUUCUCCCUGCGGGGUCACCCCCACCCCGGGGCCACCCCCCUGCCUGUGAGAGGCUGCUGCAUUUCCCCCACCCCAACAGGUCACCCAGACCCCAGGCAGCGUAUGUGAACGGCGGUCUCCCGACCACACAACACAUCAAGCAAGAGUCCCUGCCUGACUUCCAGGCCAUGGCAGAGGCCCGUAUGCCCCUGUCCACCCACUGCCGGGCCCCACCAGCCACCGGCCUGCACACAGACCUGGACCUCCAGGGCCAAGGGCUCGCCAAUCCUGCACCUUCCUGCUACCUUCUGGGCAACGAGCCCAGCUCUGGCCUGGGCCCCCAGCCUGAGGCCCACCUUCCUGAGGGCAGCCUGAAGCGCUGCUGCCUCUUGGGCCUGCCCUCCACCUCGUUGGCCUCCUCCUCCUCCUGUGCCUCCCCCGAGGUCAGCCCCGUCAUCCACUCCUCCCAGACGGCUCUGGUCACCUGUGUAAAUGGACUUCGAAGCCCCCCACUGCCAGGAGACCUGGGGGGCCCUCCCAAGCGGGCCCGGCCAGGCCCUGUGUCCACCGAGAGCCACGAGGGCAGCUUGCAACUCGAACGCUGCCGAAAGCAAGGCUUCCUGAAGCAGGAGCCCACGGACGAGUUCUCAGAGCUCUUCAGACCUCACCAGCAGGGCCUGCCACCCCCAUACCCUCUGCCUCAGUUGCCACCCGGCCCAGGCCUUGGGGGCCUGGGGCUGGGCCUGGCAGGCAGAGUGGUGGCCGGGCGACAGGCAUGCCGUUGGGUGGACUGCUGUGCGGCCUAUGAACAGCAGGAGGAGCUGGUGCGGCACAUCGAGAAGAGCCAUAUAGACCAGCGCAAGGGCGAAGACUUCACCUGCUUCUGGGCCGGCUGCGUGCGUCGCUACAAGCCCUUCAACGCCCGCUACAAGCUGCUCAUCCACAUGAGGGUGCACUCAGGCGAGAAGCCCAACAAGUGCAUGUUUGAAGGCUGCAGUAAAGCGUUUUCACGUCUGGAAAACCUCAAGAUCCACCUGCGGAGCCACACGGGCGAGAAGCCGUACCUGUGCCAGCACCCGGGCUGCCAGAAAGCCUUCAGCAACUCCAGCGACCGUGCCAAGCACCAGCGCACUCACCUCGACACGAAGCCGUAUGCCUGCCAGAUCCCUGGCUGCUCCAAGCGCUACACAGACCCCAGCUCCCUCCGCAAGCACGUGAAGGCGCACUCGGCCAAAGAACAACAGGUGCGUGAGAAGCUGCACGUGGGCCCUGAUGCCGAGGCCGAUGUCCUGGCUGAGUGCCUGGCCCUGCAGCAGCUCCAGGCGUCCACACAGCUGACCACCGGUGAUGGGAAGGGUGGCCGUGCCCUGGGCCAGGAGCUGCUUCCAGGUGUGUAUCCUGGCACCGUCACUCCCCAUAAUGGGCUUGCUCCAGGCAUCCUGUCCCCCGCGCACGAGGGCCCUCCCAGGCAUCACCCGCUGGAUGCCACUGCUGGUUCCCACCACCAUCUUUCGCCUCUGCCUGCAGCUGAGGGCACCAGGGACGGGUUAGGGCCCAGCCUGCUUUCGCCCAUGGUGAGCCCACUGAAGGGACUCGGGCCUGUGGCCUCCCAGAGCCGUUCUCCAGGGGGCCAGUCCUUCUCUACGCUGCCCAGCAAGCCGUCCUACCCGCCCUUCCAGAGCCCUGCGCCUGCACCUUUGCCCAGCCCGCAAGGCUACCAGGGCAGUUUCCACUCCAUCCAGAAUUGCUUCCCCUAUGGCGACUGCUAUCGGACAACCGAGCCGGCCACCAGUGGGGAUGCACUCACCGGGGAGGCCCAUGGUUUCACUGCUCUGCGACCCAAUGGCUACCACAGCCUCACCGCACCUUUACCUGCCACAGGCUACGAGGCCCUGGCUGAGGCACCGUGUCCCACGGUGCUGCCACCGCAGCCGACUGAAGAGGUGGUGUCCAGCGGCCCCGAGGACUGCGGCUUCUUCCCCAACGGGGCCUUUGACCACUGCCUCAGUCACAUCCCCUCCAUCUACACAGACACCUGAAGCAAGUGCACACCGCACCUGCCUGCCGUCUCCGCAGACGCUGCUCAUCCCCUUGCCGCCCGCCCCUCCCUCUGCACCCCGGACCGCAGACGCAGGGGUGCUGGGUGCCGCGGUGGCCGCCGGCGCUGCCCAGGCAGCAGUUGUGCCCAAGCCAGGCGCUCAGGGUCCGUGACCCUGCGACAGUCCCUGGAUCGUGUCUCCCAGUUUCUCUCCCUCGGUUUUGAGAUUACAGACCUCGUGUAUAUAAAAUGUACAGGAUGUGUUUUCCAUUCUCCUGCCA